GCUAAGUCAGUUAAAAAGGACACGAGGUGAGAAUUUUCAGGAGAAAUUCUUCUUUUCAGUAAAUUCUAACGACUGAAUCAACGAUGUAUGAAUCUGAAGGAUUAUAUGAGGGAGAGGUAAGGAUUUUUUGUUUCUUAUGACAAGUUAUUCAGGUAUGUAACUUCGGAUUCGUUUUGUUUUAUAGUUCUAACAAAUAGCAGCAAGAAACGGCAGAUCACUUUAUCACCAGAUGUUAAUUGUCCCAAAAGUCGAUUUAUUGUUCAUCUGUUUAUUCUAGGGUGGCGCGCCAGAAGGAGAAUUUUAUGGAGGAGGAGAGUAUGAGCCUCCUAUACAUGAUAAAGGAGGUAAGAGACCUAGAUAGCAUUGCAUAUAGCAUAGAAUUGGAACAUUUUUUUACGCCACACGUGUGUUUUAAAAUGUUUUUAAAAUUGUUUAGCAGAAAAUUAUUUGUUUCAUCGAUCUUACUUUGUAAUAUGUUUUGACUGGCUUGAGAAAAGGGUUAGAUUUCCACACAGCCCCAUGCCAUUGUAAAACAAAUCUGUUUUCCCAAUGGCAAUGUAUUUUUUUGUCAUUGUUUUCUCUAUCCAAGAACUGAAUGCGUAAUGUAGGAUGGGGCUGUGCCGAAAUCUUACUAGUACUUUAUGAUGGUUAAAAUUUGAUUAGCUAUGGUUUCAUUUGGGUGAAGCUAGCAUGUUAAAGCCUGUCUUAGCUUCAGAAUACAAGGCCAAUUUUCAAGGUGUAUUGGUGAAGGGUGCUUGAUGGCUUGCUUAUUAGUUUGAAUUUUUUCCCCCAGAAAAGGAAAAAGUUGACUGAUGAGCCACCAAACUGCUCAGCCUCUCACUGAUAUACCUUAGACACUCUUAAAAAUAACCAUUGUUCCAUAAACACAAUCUGAAUGACGAUAAAUAUUUUUGUUCCAUCUUUAAUCAGAUUUCUUUAAUUUUAUUUUCAUUACCAUAUUUUGUAUUCACUAGAAACGAAAAAAAUAUGAGCUAAAACCACACCUAAAAUUGUAUCAAAAAUCUUUACUAUAUUUCUAUUUUUUAUGAGUCAGGUAUAGAUCCUCAGUCCUAUUCUCAUAUACCAGAGGAAAUACGAAGAUUCAUUCACUUCUUCCAUCAGCAUGUCACUGACCAGGUUAGCAUGUAUUUCUUGAUAUGAUUUUAUCCUGGUAUGGUUAACUGAAUGUUUGGUAAUGAAACCAUACAAAUUACAGUUCCAUUUUACUGAGGUCACUCAACUCUUAAACUUCUUUUAGUGAUCAAUAAUUUCUCCUUAGUAUUAUUGCUACAGUGAUUUUAGAGAUGCAUGCUCUCUGAUUGGUCAAGGAUUAUAUAAUAUCUUGCUAUAAUCAUCUUGUACAAGGUGAUUAUAGUAUUUCAAAUUUGAUCAUCAGGUAGUGAUAACUGUGAUAGAACAAAAUACAAUCCAAUGAACACUUAAGAUGCUAGUAAGCUUGGUGUCACACUUUUCAAAAGGAAAAAAUAAUAUUUUUGCUGAUUGAAUUAAAUAAACCUGCUAAAUUCUAGUGGAAACUGGUUAUCUUGAUACAAGUAAUCAAAACAAUUGUAAUAGAUUGUUAUCAACAAAUAAAAAAAAAGAAUUUACAACAGAAUUCAAAAGCACCUGAGCAAUUGUACUAAAACAAUUCUUCACUUCUGGUUCAGUGAAAAUUGUUGAAUAGUCCACUUGUCUUCAUCUUGAGGAUUUUGCAACAAUAUUCACCUCACCUUCAGUGAGUAAUUGUUAAUUACAAUAUCAAUGCAUGUACAGUAUCAAGCAAACAGUUAAUGGGAAUGAAGAAAAACAUCAGUUAGGGGAUUAUUUGGUUGAUCCAAUACCAAAUUUUACAAAGUAACACCAUAAGAACUACAUACAUUAAAAACCUGUGUAUAAGAACCUUCAAUUUUAAGAACCUGUUAGGCUAAAAUUUCCCAGUUAAGUAUCGCACUUAUAAGCACCAUCCUAGGCUAUAUUCUUAAUACAGUUUCUUAUUUUUGGAAUGUAGAAUUUGUUUGAAUUUGAUACACUAUGUACAUCCCGUGCAAUACAAAAAGAUAAUAAAAAAUGGCCAGAACACCAGAAGUGUUGUAAGACCACAAUACUGUACUAUUAAUACAUCCAUAGCUGCACAACAUAUCCAAAUGUGUACAUACAAGUUAACCAUGUAAAGCAAGGCACUAUGAGGCUGGCAUACGGUGCAGGUUUUUUUUUUGUUUGUUUUUUGUUUUUUUUUUCAACAAAAAUUAAGAGUGGGAUUAUGAACCUCAGUGGGUUAAUUUCACAGGAAAUACCAUUUGUAUAAGAACCCAUGGUGACUAACUUGAAAAAGCCUAGGUUCCUAUAUGUGGGUUUUUACUGUAGCCCACAGUAAGGAGAAUUACUAUUAAGAUCUUGGGAGAAUAGGGGUUCACCACAGCAAAAAAAUCCCACCACCUUUUUUUGGUGGUCAAAAGGAUCAACCAGGGCAAGUUGGUAAUUGUAGUGCCAUAUUCUCUUGUUCAUAUUUUUCUUUCUCUUUAUCACCUUGCUACUUACAAUGGUGUUGAUAUCUGAAGAAGAAAUCUCUUUUGUGGUCACUCUUGGGUUAAAAGUGUUAAAAUUAUUAUAUAAUCAUAUCUUCCAGAAUCUCUAUGACAUUCAGUUCAUCUAUGAAACAAAGUAAGUUCAUUGCAAUGUCGAAUAUAUCUUCAAGUGAAUUAGUGUUGUACUCCAGACUCUACUUUUUGUGAUAAGAAGUCUUUGAGUUUUCUAAACAUAUCUUUUUCCUUUUUUGAUCCAGUUUCAACAAAUUGACUGAGAGAUAUUUUGAAAAAUCUCCUUGGCCUGAACCUGAAUAUGUUGCAAGCCUUGUGGAUGGAGGUGUGUUUUAACUCUUUAUUAACAUCAGUAUUCAUAUUCUCCAAACUGUUCUCUGUUCAUUUACUAAGGUGCUGACAAGGAGAAUUUGUCUAACAAUCAGGACUUUCUUUAGUUGGUGAUCAUUUCCUUUAUUCUCAUGCCAUUAAUAUGUGAUUCAGGGGUGAUAUUGUAAGGAGAAAUUGGAUGUUAGUCACUCUUAAGGGUAAAGGGUUAAAGAAUAAGAACAUGCAUUUUUAUUUACUGAACUGCUGUAUGUCUUUCUGCCUGUCCUGAUAUUUAAAUGACUGCAUAGUUCUAUGAGCAACUAACUAACUAACAAACUGACUGAACCAUGAAUCAUCUCUAGUACAUGUGUCAGGUUGCUGCUAACUGUUGUACCACUCUACUCUCAUUCGAAUUGUUUGAAGGACUAAGUGAGUUAAUUCUUGAAUGAAAUUGGACCGUUACCUUUUUGAAGCAGGGUAUUGAUCUAUGGCAGUGUUGCCUUGGUUGUCUCCCCAAGUAAGCUAGUGAAUUUGCUUGCUGUAUAUGGAUGUGACCCACAUUUAUGUCCAGAAAUACAUGCACAAAAAUGGCAGAUUUGAAAAAAUUUCAUUUAACCAUCUGAAUGUUCAUAGAUGUGAUGAUUUUGGUGAAUUUUAGUCAAAUUUGUCAAAGCGAAAUCAGCUCGGUGGAUUUGACAAUUUUGACGAAUUUUCACAUCUUUCAUACUGCAUGUAUUUCUCGACAUAUCCAGUGACCCAUUACCAGCACCUUCUCCUCCUUGACUAUCUACCACUUAAUUCGAAGUGGUUUAAAAAUAAAAUAAUGAUGUUUUCUUUCUUGUAGACCAAGUGUUUUUGAUCCUUUACAAAGAGCUGUACUACAGACACAUCUACAACAAGCUCAAGGUAAGGCUUUUAACCCAGUAACUCCCAAGAUCUGAUUAUUAUUUCUCCUUUCUAGCUGGAACACAUUUCCUCAUAAAUAACUUGUGAGAAUUUAGUGUUAGGUCAGGAUAAAAACUUCUACCUGGUAAGUUUGAGUAUUCUCAUUACCUGUUUGCUCCUCACAAUCAAACAUUAGUUAGCUAUGUAAUAAUGUUAAGAUUUCAUUGUGAAAUAUUUUUCUAAACAGUAUUUUUAUUCUUUGUAUAUAUUCAGCCAACACUGGAAAAUCGCUUCGAAUCUUAUUUCAACUACUGUGAUCUUUUCAACUACAUUUUGAGUAAGUUUAGAAUUUUAGAAUUUUGUUUUUUGUACUGUCUAAAUUUCCAAUUUUGAGUAAAAAAAUAUUCCAACUUAUUUUUGAACACAAAAAUAGAAACACUCAACAAAUGUGCAAUAUCUUUCAGACACAGAUGAGCCAGUACCUCUCAGCUUGCCCAAUCAGUGGUUGUGGGAUAUUAUUGAUGAGUUUAUUUACCAGGUUAGAAGCUUUCCUCCUGAGAGGAAAUUCCUCUUUCUGACCACAAUUUAUGGUCCAAGCACAUGAAAGUCUGUAUUCUUAUUACCUUUUUGCUUCAUAAUUUAAUCAAAGGAAGAGAAGAAGUUACCUGUUCAUCACUUCUGGAAGUUAAAUGAACAGUGCUUAAUGUUGUUAAUGUUGUGGCAGAUGUUUACAUGAAUUGGUUGCUUUUAAAACAUUCAGUAUACUCAACUUUACUUAAUGAAUGUAUAAUUAAUCAUUGGUUAAUUUGAGUACACUAAAUCCUAAGGAAUUUGAUUUGAUUAUUGUUUGUAAAAAAUUUUCAGUUCCAAGCAUUUAGCCAGUACCGAUCAAAGUUGUUGAAAAAGGGAGAAGAUGAAGUGGGAACUCUUAGAGCAAAUACAAAGGUAUGCAAAGUAAAAGAAUGUAUAGAGAAAUACAUGUAAGUUCUGUAGGAUUCAGUGAGGCACUUUGAUAAGAUGUCGUUUCAUCCCAGACUGUCUUUUGAUCAAACUGGAAGUUGGUGUGCUUGUUUUGGGGAGGGUGGAAAUCCAGAGAAAUGAGGGCAUAGAAAUUAUGAUCCACAAGUACUUUUUGCUGAGUCUGAAGCUUAAAUUAGGGCAAAUGUAUUGUGUUGAAGAGGUUAUUUGUAAUGUUAAUAGGACCAAGAAGAGUCCAUUUAAUCAAAACUAUGACUGUCACAGAAUUUUAGUGACUAAUGGGUUAGUGACUAAUGGGUUAUUAAAGUUUCCAUGAAAUAAGCAACAUUUUAGUCAGCAAAAUUCAUGACAAGAGUGCAUGCACAUGAUGCAUUCUGUCCAAUUUCACAGGCAUAAUGCAUACACUUUCCAGCUUACAAGCACGAUCGUACAGUGUCCUGUUAGUGCUCAAAACAGGCUGGUGAUAACCAAUCAUGUUUGAGAAUUUUUCAUAGUUGUGAUUAGCUGAUUAAUCAAUUUAGGAGGGGCUUUGAAGAUUGAAAAUGAUCUUCUCCACUAGAGAGAAGAUAGUACAAUGAUGAUGAAAAGUACUGUAGUUAUACCAGAUUGCCAUUCAAUCAUUUAAUUUAUCCUGAUCUUUAAGAGGAUCUUAUCUUUCAGAUUUGGAAUGUUCACAGUGUGCUCAAUGUGCUGUAUUCUUUGGUGGAGAAAUCCAAGAUUAAUCACCAGGUUGGUAGCUACAAAAUAUUUAUAAUAAAUUUCUGGGGCAUCUUCACUGUAACUUCUCAGUUAUUUGAUGUCAAAAAAUCUUGCAAACUGAUUCCCAUAAAUGUUGAUUACAACUAUAUACAUCAAUAUAUUUUUAUUGAAGUGCAAACUCCACAGCUUAGGGGUUAGUUUCCUUACUUGUAUGGAGGUUCUUUCUUCUUAGUGGUAUGCAUCCUACAAAAUGACUGACUGGGACCUAAGUGUUAGUUUUUGUUGUUUAUAUCUAACUCUGAACUUGAGCCAAAUGGCCCUCCCAGCCAGAGCUUAUCCCAGUGUCCUUAACAUGAAGUUGCAAGGAGUAUCACUACUCACCACUGGAUAGGAUGCUAGUCCAUCACAAGGUCACCCCCCACUCCACCUCCAACCAAUUUAUCAGGCUUCCCUAGUAUUUCUACUCCUGGGUAGAGAGAAUAAAGUGUUUUGCCCAAGAACAUAACACAUUGACCUGGCCAGGUGUUGAAGCCAGACCUCUGGACCCAGAGUCCAGUGCACUGACCAUUAGGUCACCCUACCUCCUAUUUAAAUUCAUGACAAAUUUAUCAACGCAAGAUUGAAGAUUUAGUUUAUGUUGAUCUGACUGUUUUUGUUUUGUUUUGUUCUCACAGCUCGAGAGGUAUAACCAAGGGGGUGACCCAGACUCAGUGGCUGGUGAGUUUGGAAUUCAUCCACUCUACAAGAUGCUGGGUUACUUCAGUCUGAUAGGUUUGCUGAGACUGCAUUCACUGCUUGGUGAUUAUUUUCAGGCCAUCAAAGUUUUAGAGAAUGUCGAGCUAAACAAGAAGGUAAACUGAAGAGUUAAAUAACAUAGUUAGAAAUACUGGUGUCUAAGAGUGCUUCAAUAAUAAUCACAAUGGUUAGUUGUAACAAAGGUUGACAUUAUGAAGGAGAAAGUGAAAACUCAAAAUAAACACCAUAACUGACAAAAAGUUGAGGAAAAUAAUAGUAACUUAAUCGCAGUCAGUUUCAGUCUUGCAUUGUUUACUUGACACUGAAGUGGAAAUUUCUCUUACUCAAAUGCAAGGAGCUUUUUUUUGUUUUCACUUUUCUGUUUUUUUUCCUUGCCAUGCACAAGACUUUUUGGGGCUGCAUUUCUAUGUAACCUACAUAUAGCACUGGGAAUAGGUAGCAUUCACAAGCUUAUACAUUUGCCAGUUCUCAUCAUCAGUUUUUUGGAUAAUGUCUUGAUAUUGUGAUGAGAAUUUCAAUGUAAAUCUCUUUCAUUUCAAAUCACCCACUGUGUGAUGAACAAUUUAUUUUUGAGAUGCUUGCUAUACCAAUUCGCUGUACAUCAGUGACAUUUAUGUUGUCUUCCAACAGAGUCUAUACUCAAGAGUUCCAGCUUGCCAGAUCACUACCUACUAUUAUGUUGGGUUUGCCUACCUCAUGAUGAAGAGGUACCAGGUAAGGAAGGUCUAGCGGCAUGAGGCAGGAAUGAACAUAUGGUUAUAGAUUGCAGGAAAAGUCUGUCAGGAAAAUAUUGGGCUUGUGUUCAAGGCAUACUAAAGUGAAAUAUUUUUGGGUCCAGCCCAAUCUAAAUUAGUUCUUUCACUGCAUAAAUUUCAUUGCUGAUGGACCAUUUGCUUGUGACCAUUUAAAUUUGGGCUUGGAAGUCAGGAUUUGCACUAUACAGUGUAACAGGAAUUUUAAUUUUCUCAACCAAGGCCUUUAUGAUUGUUGCCAGAAGAUGAAUAAACCCUUAUCUUUACUCAUGUGUAGGUGGUAGAAUCUCUUUUCCCCCUUGUUUUGGAUCAUCAGAUUGCAUAUUUUAUCUUCAUUAGAAGUUGUCAAAUUAUGAAUUUGGCUUAAAAAAAAAGAAAGAAAGAACAAACUCCAGGAAUCCUUCCUUCUGAAGGGGUAGGGUAGGAUAUCUCUAAGCAGCCAGAAUUAUAAAACAUGAUCUGUUUCUAUUCUAGGAUGCUAUUCGCAGUUUCUCCAAUAUUCUGCUUUACAUUCAGAGGACCAAAAAUAUGUUCCAAACUAAAUCCUAUCAGUAUGAACAGGUGAGAAGUCCCACAAAGGGUCAUCAGCUUAAAUAGAGUCUAUUAUUUUCAAAGAGGGUUUCCACAGACACUGAUCUCUUUCUGUCAGACAUCAGAUAAGAGAGUGCAUUGAUGUUUACUAAUUAAACAUUGAGGUCAAUAUUUUUUUUGCCCUCAUCAAAUAUCACACAGAGAAAUCAAGAGCAAGUAAUCCUAUUGUUUUAGAAUAAAUCUAAACUUCAUACUCCAAUUCAUAACUUCACAAGAAGUUUAUUUUGGUUUUUAGGCUGCCCACUUUUGACACCAUCUAUCAUGGAAUAUAUAACAAGCAGCUAUCUGUUCCAUGAUAGAUAGAUGAUAGAGUUUGUGGUAUUUAUACUAAUGAGCAUUACCUUGCCAACGUUUCAAACCUAAAGAUAAUGAAGAAGAAUGAUCAGAUGUAUGUACUGCUGGCCAUCUGUCUGACAUUAUGUCCACAGGUAUGUAGUUCUCAUUCUUAUGGAUAAGUCAUCAUCUAUUUCCUGGGGGAGGGGGGUCAGAGGAUUUUGGGGUGAUCACAUUUUUUUCAGGGGGAAAGGAGGGGAAUAACUCCCCAACAGAUCAUGAGGGGGGAGGUGGGGGGCUUGAAAAAAAUUAUGAGCCAACUAACUGCCAAUGAAAGGGGAUCAUAAGAUUACAGAGCCUCAUUGGGGGAUUAGGUAAAAUUUAUCGUGACGUAAACGAUAUCCUCCGUAAACCCCCCCUCUUGAUAAAUUAUGAUAAGUCCCUUUUUCAACCUUAGUUGUGGUUAAUGUUGUUUGGUUUUUUCACCUUUUCUCAUCAAACUAAAAAAAAACCUUGAGAUUUUACAAAGAUUUGCUUUUGUUGCAGCGAAUUGAUGAAAAUGUUCACUCACAACUGAGGGAGAAAAAUGCAGAUAGGUUGCAACGACUUCAGCGUGGGUAUGUUGAGUGUGUUUUUGUUUGUUUGUUUUGAAAAUUCUUCAUUUGUGCACUGGAACAAGGUGACUUUCCCAAGAGUUCGAGCGCACACUAGCAUUAACUGUAUGUACUAAUUAAUUUUUUCAAUUAUUUCUUAAAUUUUCUUGACACAGGGAUUUGCAGACAUUUGAGGAGUCGUUCUCAUAUGCUUGUCCUAAGUUUAUCUCCCCAGUCCCUCCAAACUUUGACGCCCCUCCAGCUAAUUUUAACAGGGUAAGGACAUUUUAGGGCAAUCUUCAAAUGGUGCUGCACAACUUUGCUUCAACUCUACUUGAUUGUAGAGUUUUUACUGAAUAGUUGAGAUAGUUUUAUUUGCUCUGCUUAGCAGUUGUGAUUUCUCCACACUUUCAGUCAAGUUACAGAGACACGUGAUCUACUUCAAUGAAUUUUGAAUUUGUUUGAAGAUAAACUGGAUCGCAUGAGACUUUGAAAUGUGAGCUCUUGAAUUCUUCAUCACAAUUGUGUAACCCUCUAACCCCUAAGAGCGACUAGCAUCUAACUUCUCCUUACAAUACCACCAAUGAAUCAUGCUGUAGGGUCAUGAGAAUCAAGGAAAUGAUCACCAACUAAAGAAAGUCUUAAUUGUUGGACAAAUUCUCCUUAUCAGCACAUUAGUAAAUGUACAGAGAAAAGUAUGGAGAAUGUUAUACUGAUGUUAGGGUUAAAGGGUGAAAUCCUUAGCGAUUCUCUUGUUAAUUUUACAGUUCUUUCAAUUGCACCUUUUUUUUGGUCUUUUCCAGGAACCGUUUAAUCUUCAGCUGAAAGUUUUCAUGAACGAAGUGUCACAGCAGUCUCUGAUACCAGUGAUUAGAAGGUAAGGUCUAAAAUAGAAGUUUUUGUCAGUUUAGAAUCAGCGUGGCCCUCACUUGACUUGCUUUCAACAAUCAAACUAACAUCGCCUAAAUAACGUUAUAAUAUUCGUUAGACCGUUUUUUGAUUUAGCGUCGUAAAACCAAAUUCAAAAGGAUCAUAGUAAGUCAGGACUAGGUAAAGAUCACCAGUAGCCAGUGAAAACCAGGCACUACAGUAACUAGCGUCAAAUGUGGGGAAAACGUGCAUAACAAAGUUGCGAUUGCUUUAGUUUUGUAUCUGAUUGGCUAGGUGAGUGGCGUGAGAUGUUUAGACCAAUCGUAGUGCGAAUGAAAGUAAAACCAGUGCAGUUCGUUUCAGUUCCCCUAUUCUAUAGAAUUAAAUGCUCUAUUCUGCAACUGUGAUCUAUAGGUUUUGUCGGAGACGCAAGUAAACCUCCAUUUCCAUCCUGGAAAGUUUGUUUGCCUUUUGUUUUUUUCAGCUAUUUGAAGUUGUACACCACAAUGCCCAUCGCAAAGCUUGCUGCAUUUUUAGACAUGGUGAGUUAAAAGAACCUCUUCCACAGUGAAUAAAACACUUUUUCUUCUGUUGUUUUUGGUCCAAGAGAAGGGAAAACAAAAGCUUCGUUCCCUCCACGGAAUGGGUUUCAAUCUUGACACUUAAGUUAUUGUUUGUGUUCCUUGUGUAGGAUGAGAGUCAGUUCAGGACCCAACUGCUCUGCUUCAAGGUAAGCCUCUAAACAAAAUUUUCACAGGGUUAGUAUGGUAUAGUGCAGUUCACAACAUUUGGCGAAAAACUGUCCUUUACUUGUCUUGGUAACCCUUGACGCUUCCCCUUCACAGCAUAAACAGAGGAAUCUUGUGUGGACGAAAGGAACAGAUGCUCUUGAGGGAGAGCUCCAGUCUUCCUCUGAAGUGGAUUUUUACAUUGACCAGGUGAAAAAAAUAAUUCCUAUCGUGACAGUAACCAACCCCAGAACGUUAGAGAUGUGUUCGACUAUUUGACGUAGAAUAAAUGUAAAGUAACCCCGACGACCCAUCAGAUCACUGGGUAAUAUUCCUCGGAGCCAAUGAGAACUCAAAGUCAAAACGAGCUAAUCACUUAAAGCGCGGGAAAACGUGGGGAGUCAAGUCGUGAUUGGGUUUGCUUUGAAAUCUGAUUGGUUGAGACGGGUGCACAAGGUUUUUCUUUAGACCAAUCAUUACAAUAGGCAAAACCAAAGUAGUAUAUGCGAUUGAAGAUGGCUCUAAUUGCAUAAAGUAAUGGAUGAUGAAUUUGUUUGUUUGUUUUUUUUUUAAACUGUACUCAAUUUACAACUCAUAAGAUCAUCUCAAAUAUGUUCUCUAUAAAAAAUUAGUUUUCCUCCUCGCAAAAACGGUCGUUUUUCUUUAAUAAAUACUUUCCUCCUUCUUUCAGGAUAUGAUACACAUCGCAGAUACGAAAGUUGAACGGCGGUAUGGAGAUUUCUUUAUUCGACAGAUUCACAAGUUUGAGGAGGUGAGACUUACUGGUCCCUCAUUCCCUACGAGUAUGUUAAUAAACUCCUGCUAUGAGUUACCUGCCCCCCUCCCCUCCCCCCUUAUCCACCCUUGUGGUUACAAGCCAAUAUGCAUGUUUUGUGGCCAAAAUGACAUUGGUCACAGAACACCCAGAACUAAGAAAAGAAGGCAACAACUACUUUCUACAGUACUGUCUCGUAAAAUAACGUGAUAAGUGGAAAGUCUUAAGAAGUUAUGAGAUAGAGCCGAGAACGAACAGUUGAAGUGACGAUGGCCAAGAUGCCAUAAAAGAAAAACGGUAUUCACCUAUAAAGCGAGGCUGCAAGGUCUCAUUUAUCGCGCUGCGGCACUUGCAGCUAAGCCCGCGAAUUUCAAGCUGGCAAGCGUGCGAAAGAUCUUUGAGGGGUGUGGUCUCAUGCCAGAACCCUCGCAGCCCCCCCAGCCCCCUCCCACUUUGUCCCCCCAGUCGGAUCCCGGAGGGUUCGCUUCUCGUGUCGUAGUGUUUCUUUGCAUAACGAUCGCGAUCUGUUGCUUCGCGAAGAAGUGAUGAUGUUUGAGAUGCUGCUGCCAAGCAACUUUUGACGAGAUACUCGUUCUUCCUCUUUUAGGUCACUAAGAACAUCCAAGCAGUCCAGUAACACUUAAACAAUCACCUGAGGAAAGAUACCGUAAUAACAUGCAUAAACGAGAAGUACCCUUGCCAACAUAUUGCAAUAUUCAACAGUCAUUUGAUGGAAAACAGUGUAUAUGCAACGUCAUUAAAAGGUCAUAAAAGGAAAAUUACCAUGUCAGGCUGUAGUGAAUAAUAUGUAUGUGGAUGAAAUACCCACAAAACUAUCCUCAUUAGAAAAAUUAGAACAAAUACAAAUAGCUCAACGAAUAGUAUUUGAGAAGAUUGUAGUCAUGCACAAAGGACAACAGAGAAAAAUUAAGGGUGCAAUAUGCAAUGUACCUGUAGAAUGUGAUCAGACAUGUAAUCAACUCCCUCAUCCACCUGAUAGAUCUUGUAUAAUAAUACUUAAGCUUAAGAGAAAGUUACAAUCUAGAGAUGUUUAUUUUCAAGCAUCAUGACCAGAGUUAAUACAGCAAGUUCUUAACUGGCUCAAAGUACAUAAUCCAUUGUACAAUUUGUAGAUAUACUAGCUGAUAUUAACAAUAUUGAUAGCAACCUCACAACUUUGCAAAAUGAUGCAGACGAUAAUGAUACACAUCAACAAGCUACAUCAAACAAUGUCACAACAGAUAGUGAUCCUGCUUUGGAAUUUGAUGUAAGAGAAAAUGAUAAAUUAACUAGUAAUGAAGAAGAAAAUGAUGACCCCUUAAAUGAAUAUAGAGCCCCAGUAUGCGAGACACGCUUAAAGACUCAAUUAUAC